AUGAGGGAACAGAGGAUGUCUAUGGUUGCAAAUUAUCGGCAAUACGUCUUCCUUCAUGAAGUUUUAUUAACUUACUUAUUAAAAGAAUUGAAUAUUUCGACUAACGAUAAUAAUUCGAAUAAUCCGAUGAUUACUCCGAAUAAUGGGAAUAAUCUGACUCCGACGUUGACACCGCUCGGGAAGAAUAUGACGAGUCCUACGAGCACGACCAGUCCGACAAACACAAACACGGCAAGUCCUACGAACACGACGAGUGGGUCGAGUAGUAGUACGACGACAACGACUGCGAAUAGGGAUCGGAGUAAGAUGGAUGGCCUGAUGACCGAUAACCAUCCCCUCUCAUCUUCUCAAUCUCAGUCGAUUGGUCAAGAAGACAAUCAGAACAAUAAGAAGAUGAAUUGGACGGUCGAUAAUCAUCGCUCGACUGCCCCUUCUUCGGUUAAGGAUUAUAAUCAAAGACAACUCGUCGUCCUUGAUCAUCAAGACCAAUCCUCUUCUCAUCAUCAUCUUUCACCCUCGCCCUCUCAUUUGCCUCUUCUUAACUCCAUCUCCUCCUCUUCUUCUUCUUCCACUACUUCUGCUUCUACUACUUCUGCGUCUGGAUCAUCUGCGUCUGAGCUUAUGCUCCCUCUUGAUGCUAGUACUCCUCCUCCCACUCUCACUCCGACUCUUCCUUCUAUGGACUCUUUCUUUUAG